GAUUGAGUCACCUUUGUUGUCCAUCGGCCUCAGAAGUCACGUCGUGUUGGAGUAGACUUGCGUUUCCUGCUUCGUGAUGAUAGUCUUCCUUAGCUUCAAUAUGUUGAAGUCGUAAUAUCAGGAGCGGUAAGAACACGCACGAUGACGUCGAAUUUGUUGGCCGCGUUGCGGUCCAACCAAGCAAAAAACAGCUUGAGUACUGUUUCUCCCCUCAUUGACGCAGCCAAGAACGGAUUGAUCGAGGGCGUGGAAAGAUGGCUGGAGGAGCCCAAAGCCAAGCCAGACCAGCGCGACCCCGACGGACAAACCGCGUUGAUGCACUCAUCGUCGCAAGGGUAGUGUGUGCAUUUUGCUUACGUUGCUUCUGGUCUUUUGGCUUUAUUCGCAUACUUACUGAAAUGAAGGACGACAGGCACCACUUGCUCUUAAUAUUGCGGCAAAAAAAGUGCUUUCCUUCCCUACAUAAAACAGCUACCUCGACAUAGUGAAGUACCUGCUUGCGAAGGGUGCAAGAGUGAACGCAAAGGAUGACAUAGGGGAGACGGCACUCAUGAAAGCAUGCAAGGAGGGGCAGAUACAUAUCGUCCAAUAUUUCGUCGACUACAUCAUGGCCACACAGAAGAAAAAAGUCGCAGGUACCGCUGUAAUUGCAUGGAAGAGUUUCGUUUAGCGUUCGUUUAUAUCGAAUGCGAACUCCCACACAGAGAAUUGUGCACGGCCCAAAGGAAACGGCACAUUGCACCAACCAGAUUUCCUUCCAAGCAGUAACGCGGGCUCCAAAGCAAGACAAAGCUCUACGGAAAGACAGGGCUCAAAAAUGGCUAGGACGCUCGACCAAGCAGAGAGGCGGAGAUUACUAGACGCAAAGGACGAUGAAGGUACGAGAAGGAAGUAAAGUAGUCUUUACCAGCACUGUCGUCUUUUGGAAGUCGUUCCUGCGCUGCUUGAAGUGCAGAAGAAAGGCCAAAUCUCGGUUGUUUCUAGUGCCCCACGAUACAACUUGCCACGACUAAUACAUGACAUCAGGUAUAACUGGGCUGAUGAAGGCUGCAGAGCAAGGGGAGAUGGAAAUCGUAGACUAUCUGCUGCAGCAGGGCGCCACUUUGGACGUACAGGAUGACGAGGGGUGGACGUGCCUCAUGUGGGGCUGCCUCGCCGGGCAGCUCGAAGUAGUGGAGCUGCUGAUCCAGGAGUGGAACAUGGCAGCCGAGUAUAGAUUAUCAAGUGCAAAAAUGUCUGGGUCUGGAAGAAUUCAUGUUUGUCAUGCUUGUCUGGCAUGACUCUUAAAUCUGUCAUGCACGUUACCCAAGAUCUCCGUUUUUCUGUGCUGCAGAAGCGCAGUUUGUCAUGCAGAAUAGGCAACACCUAGGAGCUCAGAAACUUGUCACGCUGAGCCAGCAUUUGUAGCCUCAUCAUGAGACGCAACCCAGCAUCACAAGUUUCCAGACCCAGACAUUUUUACUUUUGAUAUAGAUGUGUUUAGUUUGUGUAUGGCCUGUGGCUUCGAUUUCAAUAGGUUUUUGUGGUGGAGUUGAAAUUUGGUAUCAUCGCUUUGCGUUAUUUGGAUGCUUCUUCACAGAUCAAGAUUGUCACUUGCAUGAAAAAUAGGUACGCAACCGACAAAUCCGAGACGCCAUUGAUGAAGGCUGCCUGCAACGGGCAUUGGGAAGUCUGCAAAUUUCUGCUAGAGGAGGGUGCGAAAGUGAAUCACCACGACAUCCAGUAUUAGUUUGUUUGACAUUUUUAGAGCAGAUUUCUCGUGCAAGCGAUCAGAGCUUAUUUCGCCUAAGGAUGGCGAUCAUGAUGUUGCUUCGCUAUUCUCAACAAAAUCCAAAAUAAUUCCUUCUACAAGAUCACUACAUUCAAACAGCUACCAAACAGCCCUGAUGUGGGCGUGCGCGCAGGGGCACGUCGACACCAUCGAGGGGUUACUCUCCCACGACGCGAAGAUCGAUGUCACGACGAAGAACGGGGAAAACGCCUUGUUCUUCGCGUGCAUGUUCGGUAAGUUGGAAGCGGCAAAGGUGAUGCUGAAAAAGGGCGCCAACGUCCUGGAAAAGAACAAGGAGGGGCAAAACGCGUUGUUCGCAGCGGUGAGGUGUGGCCACCGAGAAUUGGUCGAAACCCUGUUGGAUCACGGGGCACCAGUGGAGUAUAGUUCUACCUUCUACUUUAGGUUUUUCCCCACAUGAUCCCGAUAGAAAUUCGAUCAAGAUGAAGUACUGAGAUCAGAUACAGAUGAUCUCUUCAACACUGGGUGGACAAAAUGGAUAAAAAUUUGGCUUAAAAAAAAAAAAACUCAGGUCCAUCACGCAGCGCGGGCAAACGCCAUUGGCAUGGGCGGCGAUGUUUCAGCAGUACGAGUGCGUGCGACUUCUCGUCGCGAGAAAGGCCGAUCUCUACAAACAGGACGAAAACGGUCAGAACCCGUUAGAUCACGCAGAGUCGACGCUCAACUCGCACAUUGUCGAGGAGCUGCGCGAGGCCAUGCGGGCGAAUCCGAAAAAGGAAGACGAUUAAACGCUGUCAGCUCGUCUUUUCUGUUGGAAGCGCUUAUGCCAAUAUAUCUUUUUUCCCAAUUAUGCAAGAUGUGUUUGAAUACGACUUUGAUGCUUUAUGUGAUGUUAACCAUAACAACAAGAUGCUAGAAGAUCAAGAUAACAAAGACAUCAAACAUAAUGAUAGAUAGUGAACGUUCGAGUGCAUUUGAGUGACUAGUAGCUGUACAUAGAUAAAAGUAGUACGAACCAAUUUAGAGAAAAAAUGACACCAUUAAUCGGUAGACGACUGCCAUUAGAACCUUGUCAAAUUCCCGGGUUGAUAUCUUUUACGUUAGUGAGAAUCUUCAAUUGGACAAGAAUUUAUGCAGGAGAAUAACAAAAUCAAAAAAAUCACCAUCCUACCUUUUUAGCAGUCGA